GCCUUGGGGCCGGGCAGCGAAUAGCUGCAGAGGUGGUUUUAUUUCACGCCGCGCUGGCAGGGGGUGCGGGUGGACGGGAGCCAGCGAUCCUCACCCUCCCUGCUCAGCAGGGCUGAGCGUGGUUCAAAUGAAAACUCUGUCAAACCGCAGGCAGCGCUGUGAGAGUUUUGAGUUGAAUUUGUGACACUGGCAGAUUUUGUUGGAAAUUUGGGCAUCGUUCUUUACCCUUCGAUGUCUGGAAUUGCUCAUUUUGGGGGUGUGUGGCCAGACAUCAUUAUUUUUCUCGACAUCAGGCACCAUUUGGAGCGAUAUAGCUCAAGCUGAGGGCAUGCUGUAGAAAUCCACAGCCUCUUUGUUGUUUCCACUCUGUGUUUUUUGAAGCCGAAGCUGUUCUUCGCGAGCCCAUCUGAGCAUGUGUUCCCUGUUUUGUAUCUCCAUCCUUCGCUGUGGGGCAAUGUUCUCUGAUAAAUAUUGAGUCUCUUCCUUACAAACAGGGCUGGGCUUUUAGAGCCAACAAGGAUUUCUCCUUGUUUAACAUGCUUGAAAGGGAGAGAGCAGCCAAAUCAUCCCCCGUCUUCCAGGACUUGGCAGGGGGCUGCAUGUUUUGAGUGCAUUUUGGCCGAGUUUUGGUGUUCUGACUCAGCAAAUGGUAACAAAGGAAGGAUGGUGAAGCCUUUCUUUAUUCCAUAAUCCUGUUUGCUUUUCUGGAAACGGGCUAUAGCCUCAGAAUCACUGACUCAAAUUUUGGAUCCCAUUCUCAUGACGAAGCGGCUGUCUGGUUUAAAACAAGCCCAUUAUAAAAAGGGCGCCUGAGAUCCUGGCUGUUUGUAACAGCUUCUGACGUUCCUCCAGCACCGGGGAGCUUGGCUGGAACGGAAAAUGUCCAGAGCUGGAACCAAGGUCACCUUCUAUGAAGACAAGAAUUUCCUAGGCCGUUACUAUGAGUGCGACAGCGACUGCCCCGAUUUUCACACCUACCUGAGCCGCUGCAACUCCAUCCGGGUGGAUGGAGGCACCUGGGUGGCCUAUGAGAGACCCAACUUCUCUGGGAACAUGUACGUUCUGACGCACGGCGAGUAUCCUGACUACCACCAGUGGAUGGGCCUCAACGACCGCCUCGGCUCCUGCAAAGCCGUCCAGAUACCAAGUGGAGGCCGGGGCCACAUCCAACUCUUUGAGAAGGGUGAUUUUGGCGGGCAGAUGUUCGAAGCCACCGAAGACUGCCCUUCCAUCAUGGAGAAGUGGCACAUGAGGGAGGUCCAUGCCUGCAGGGUCCUGGAGGGCGUCUGGGUUUUCUACGAGCAUCCCAACUACCGGGGCCGGCAGUACCUGCUCACCAAGGGUGAAUACCGCAAGCCCGUGGAGUGGGGGGCGGCCAGUCCCGCCGUCCAGUCCUUCCGCAGCAUCGCCGAGUGAGGCAGCCUGGGGACGGGGCUGCUGGGGGCGUCAAUAAAGCAACUAAGUCACUCA